AUGACGUUCCAGGAAUCUUCCAAUCUUUCUAGUCUGACUACCAAGGCCGUGGCAUCAAUUGGUGCAUACGAAGCGGCCAAAACAGAAAAGGCCCGGCAUGAUGCGCUUGAAGCUGCGACAAGGCUCGUAAGGGCUCUCGAAGAACCUUCCGAUGCGAUUUAUAAGUUAUUCGCUUCGCCUGCAGUUCUCAUGGCCAUUAAGACUGCCAGUGACCUGGGUAUCUUCACUAUUUUAUCUCAAACGACUUCUUUUGCAACUUGUAAAGAGCUAGCUGCACGGAAGAACGCAGACCUUCAGCUCGUUGAACGUAUCAUGCGUGUUCUUGUUUGCAACGGUUUUGCUAGUGAGCUGGGUCUCGGUCAAUAUGGGCCGACUGAUUUUUCACGGCAAAUGACGGAGAGGAAAACAAUCGGAACAAUGGAUUCACUCUUCGUGGACUUUCUACCCAUAAUUAACAAAACACCGGAGUUCUUUCAAAAGUCCGACUACAGGAAUCCUGGAGACCCCAAUGAUGGGCCAUUUCAACAUGCCUAUAGCACAACUGGUACUUGUUGGGACUGGUUAGCUAAGAAUCCAGAGGCACUAGACCGCUUUAACACUUUCAUGGAGGGUGGCCGAGACGAGAUCGCCCACUGGGCUGACUGGUUUCCUGUUCAGGAGAAGUUACUUGAUGGGGCAGUGGAUAAUCGUCCGCUGAUUGUUGAUGUUGCCGGGGGCCGUGGUCAUGACCUUUCAGGAUUCAAGGAACGAUUCCCCGUGGGAACUGGAAAACUCGUGCUUGAGGAUUUGCCUUCAGUUAUUGAGGACAUUCAACAGCUUGAUAGCGAUAUCCAGAGAGUCAAACAUGACAUUUUCACGCCUCAGCCAGUCCAAGGGGCUCGUGCAUACUACUUCAAGCACAUUAUGCAUGACUGGGAUGACGAUCACUGCAGGGUGAUUUUAAAACAUAUUACUGCUGCUAUGGAGAAAGGAUACUCCAAAAUAUUGAUCGAAGAUUAUAUCGUUCCUGACCAAAAUGCAGGGCCAAAGGAGACUUUGACUGAUAUGAUUGUCAUGGUAUGGUGUCCAGGGAUUGAACGGACUCGUCACAGAUGGACCGAGCUUUUGCAGUCUGUCGGGUUAACAGUCAAGAACUUCUGGCUGCCUCAGGGGCACAACAAAGGCAUUAUUGAAGCGGAACUAUAG